ACAAUGUCAACCAUCUUCCUUAAAUCGCAACGUUCUCUCUUCCACUACCCCAGAACCCAGUUCGAAAUCAUGUCUUUCCGUUCCGCCUCUAAGUUGGCCAUGAAGGCCUUCCGCCAAAAUGGUGCCCGCCGCGUUAUCCCUGCUACCCGCUCUAUGUCUGUCUUGGCUCGCGCCGGCGUUAUGAGCCGCUCUGCUGCUCGUGUUGCCCCCAUGGUCCAAACCCGUGGUGUCCGUACUAUGGACUUUGGCGGUGUUAAGGAGACCGUCUGGGAGCGUAACGACUGGCCCCGUGAGAAGCUUCUUGACUACUUCAAGAACGACACUCUUGCCGUUAUUGGUUACGGUUCCCAAGGUCACGGACAAGGUUUGAACGCUCGUGACAACGGUUUGAACGUUAUUGUUGGUGUUCGUGAGGGUGGUGCCUCCUGGAAGGCUGCCAUCGAGGACGGUUGGGUCCCCGGCAAGAACUUGUUCCCCAUGGAGGAGGCCAUCAAGAAGGGUACCAUCAUCAUGGACCUUCUUUCCGAUGCCGCUCAAACCGAGACCUGGCCCACUAUUGCUCCCCUUCUCACCAAGGGUAAGACUCUCUACUUCUCUCACGGUUUCUCCGUCGUCUUCAAGGACCAAACCAAGGUUGUCCCCCCUAAGGACAUCGAUGUCAUCCUUGCUGCCCCCAAGGGUUCCGGCCGUACCGUCCGUUCCUUGUUCAAGGAGGGCCGUGGUAUCAACUCCUCCGUCGCCGUCUUCCAAAACGUUUCCGGCAAGGCUGACGAGAAGGCUGUUGCUAUUGCUGUCGCCAUUGGCUCCGGUUUCAUCUACAAGACCACCUUCGAGCGCGAGGUCGUUUCUGACUUGGUCGGUGAGCGUGGUUGCCUUAUGGGUGGUAUCAACGGUCUCUUCUUGGCCCAAUACCAAACUCUCCGUGAGCACGGCCACACCCCCGCCGAGGCCUUCAACGAGACUGUUGAGGAGGCCACUCAAUCCCUUUACCCCUUGAUCGGUAAGUACGGUUUGGACUACAUGUUCGCCGCCUGCUCUACCACUGCUCGUCGUGGUGCCAUUGACUGGACUCAACGCUUCUACGACGCCAACAAGAAGGUCCUUGAGGACUUGUACGAGAACGUUGCCAACGGUAACGAGGCCAAGCGCUCCUUGGAGUACAACUCUAAGCCCAACUACCGUGAGCUUUACGAGAAGGAGCUCGCUGAGAUCCGCGACUUGGAGAUCUGGAGAGCCGGUGAGACUGUCCGUUCUCUCCGUCCCGAGGAGAACAAGCACUAGACACGUUCUUGAUGUUGGAAAUGCAUUGAAGUAGAUUUUGUUUUUUUGUUAGAAAAAUAUCAGUUCGUUCUGGGAUAAAAAAGAAAGAGUUUGUGGGGCC